AUGGCUAUUGCGCAAACAUUUUCAUCUAAACUAUGUCCAGGGAUUAAUAGCUUUAGCAUAUGUUCAGAUUACAGAAAUAACUUUCAUGUGUUAUCAACGAGUCGAAACGGUUCUGUGAACCAUAGUAUAAGAUUGGACCAAUUACAGUCAAAUCUAAAGACUCUGAAACAUCAGAUAAGGGCAAGAAGAUUAGGUAAAGAAUGGGAAGAGAAAGAAGAGGACAACAAAGAAGAAGAAGACUACCGAUCAGAAGAGAGUGACGAAGAAGACCAUCGAUCAGAGCAGGACAACGAAGAAGACGAUCGAGCAGAGGAGGCUGUUCUAAAACUAUAUACAGAUAUCAAGGACCGAAACAUUGAUGGAAUCUCAGAAGUUAUUGGAGAUGAAUGCCAAUGUUAUUGCAACUUCUUGUCUACUUACCGACUCUUACAAGGCAAGAAGAAAGUGAUGGCUUUCUUCUACUGGUUGAUAAUGAAGCUUGGGAAAGAUAUCAAGAUUGUUGUUAGACCAACCUCCAAAGAUGGCAUGACCGUUGGUGUUCAAUGGCAACUCGAAUGGGAGAAGCAACACAUCCAAUUAGGGAAGGGCGUUAGUUUCCACAUUUGCCAUAUCUACCAGGGAAAGCUGUUGAUAAAGAAUGUGGAGAUGUUCAUGGAGCCAAUCUUUCACAUAGAGCCUCUAAGACUAAGAACAAUGGCAUUUGCAGUGAACUUGGCUGAGAAGAUUGUCACUUUCUUGAAACCAGCAAGGAGACAAGCAAUGACAGUUCUGCUAUUUACUGUUCUACUACUUGCUGCAGUCGCUUUCUACUUCACGCAACCAAGACUCUGA